CACCAUGAACCUGCUGUGCCGCGGGCGUCUGAAGCUGCUGGUGGCGUCUCUCACGGCCAUCGUGUUGCUCACCUGGCUCUACCUGCUGGCCGGCAACCUGGAGAACGGGCGCUCCCUCCUAUUGGCUCCCUGUCUGGCCGACACGCCGGCAGCUCAGGUGGUAGAGCGAGCCGUCCUGGAGUCGCGGGUACGAGAGGUGGAGGAAGAGAACCGGCGGAUCCGUCUGCAGCUCAGCCAAUCGCAAGGCGGCACCGCCGGACAGCCGCCGGACGGAAACUACGGCAACCAGCAAUGGGGCGCCUCAGCGGACACGGGCCCGGAGGACGGAGACAACACGGCAGAGGAGAAGAACAACCACACCGAGUGUCCUCGGGCACCCAGCGUCCAGAAGUGUGAGCUGAUCCACGUGGCGUGCGUUUGUGCCGGUCACAACGCCAGCAGAGACGUGGUCACGCUGGUCAAGUCUGUCCUCUUUCACAGGAGAAACCCUCUCCACUUUCAUUUCAUCACCGACACAGUAGCCAAUCGUAUCCUGAGCUCGCUGUUCCAGUCCUGGAUGGUCCCGUCUGUGCAAGUCAGCUUCUACGAUGCAGAUGAACUCAAGUCCGAGGUCUCGUGGAUACCCAACAAGCAUUACUCAGGGAUUUACGGCUUGAUGAAGCUGACGCUAACCAAAGCUCUUCCCCGGGACCUGUCCAAGGUCAUCGUCCUGGAUACGGACAUCACCUUCGCCACCGAUAUCGCCGAGCUCUGGGGGAUCUUCAGGAAGUUCACCGAUAAGCAGGUGAUCGGCCUGGUGGAGAACCAGAGCGACUGGUACCUGGGGAACCUGUGGAAGAACCACAAACCCUGGCCUGCGCUGGGACGGGGCUUCAACACAGGCGUCAUCCUUCUCUACCUGGAGCGGCUGCGGCGAAUCGGUUGGGAGCAGAUGUGGCGGCUGACGGCAGAGAGGGAGCUAAUGAGCAUGCUCAGUACGUCGCUGGCUGAUCAGGACAUCUUCAACGCCUUCAUCAAGCAGAACCCGGUGCUGGUGCACCAGCUGCCCUGCUUCUGGAACGUCCAGCUGUCGGACCACACUCGCUCCGAGCAGUGCUACACCGAGGUUUCUGACCUCAAGGUGAUCCACUGGAACUCUCCGAAGAAGCUCCGAGUGAAGAACAAGCACGUGGAGUUCUUCAGGAACCUCUACCUGACCUUCCUGGAGUACGACGGAAACCUGCUGAGACGAGAGCUGUUCGGCUGCCCGAGUCAGGCCAACCCAGAGAGUGUCCAGCUGCAGGCGGCCCUGGAGGAGCUGGACGAGGACGAUCAGUGUUACGACUUCCGUCGGGAGCGGCUCACCGUCCACAGAGUGCACCUGUACUUCCUGCAGUACGAGUACACGCCCACGGAGGACGACACCGACAUCACGCUGGUGGCCCAGCUCUCCAUGGACAGGCUGCAGAUGCUGGAGGCCAUCUGCAAGCACUGGGAAGGCCCCAUCAGCCUGGCACUCUACAUGUCCGACGCCGAGGCCCAGCAGUUCCUCCGCUACGCCCAGGCUUCCGAGGUCCUCAAGAACCGCAAGAACGUCGGCUACCACAUCGUCUACAAGGAGGGCCAGUUCUACCCCGUCAACCUGGUCAGGAACGUGGCGCUGAAGAACGCCAACACACCGUAUGUUUUCCUGACCGACGUGGACUUCCUGCCGAUGUACGGCCUCUACGAUUACCUCAGGAGGUCCAUGGUGCAGCUGGACAUGGCUCACACUAAGAAGGCUCUGGUGGUUCCGGCGUUCGAGACACUUCGUUACCGUCUGUCCUUCCCCAAAUCCAAAGCUGAGCUGCUCUCCAUGCUGGACAUGGGGGCUCUUUACACCUUCAGGUAUCAUGUGUGGCCUAAAGGUCACGCUCCGAGCAACUAUGCCAAAUGGCGAACAGCCACCACGCCGUAUAAGGUGGAGUGGGAGCCGGACUUUGAGCCGUACGUCGUGGUGAGGCGAGACUGUCCCGAGUAUGACCAGCGCUUUGUCGGCUUCGGCUGGAACAAGGUGUCUCACAUCCUGGAGCUGGACGCACAGGAGUACGACCUGAUGGUCCUCCCCAACGCCUUCAUGAUCCACAUGCCCCACGCUCCCAGCUUCGACAUCUCCAAGUUUCGCUCCAGCUCCAGCUACCGCAACUGUCUGAACACGCUGAAGGACGAGUUCCACCAGGACCUGUCCAGGAAGUACGGCUCGGCUGCUCUCAAGUACCUCACGGCCCAGAGGGUCAUCUAAAAGAGCAGAACUGCGGAGAGCCAGCGAGUCCCUUGGCCCUCCGGACGAGGUCCCAGAGUUCGGACAGACUCGUACUGACCCUGCACUGCGCCGCUGGGCAGCAAACAAUGCCGGUAAAGCUCUUUGGAACAUUCUCGGGGCUCCUGUGCAUUGAAGGGUAACUCCGUUUCUUUUCAAUCUGGACCCUGUUUUCUGAUGUUAUUGUGUCUAAGUGACUGGUGGGAACAACUGGCUCUGAAAUUGGUCCUGCAUUGAACGAGAACGCUGCGAUCAGCAGUCUUGGACCGGGCUGCAAUGUAACGCUAAAGGACAAUUUUUUUAAAUACUAAAAUCCUCUUUGUUUAACCAGAAACGGCACAGAGGUUGCCAAUUCCCAAACUCCACCAGACUUCAUGUAAAUAAUCAGGACUUUUAGCGUGUAUAGAGCCAGCAUAUCUGCACAUGUAAAUGAGGUUGGGUGAUUUAAGGAUUUAUUUCAACCAAACCAGAGUGGUGAUUGUUGGAACAGUGGAAAGACGAACCAAGACGGCUUUUUAUAGUUUUAUUUUGUUUUGGCCCACUUUGAAUGAAGUGUGGUUUACAAUGAUAAAGUUAAUGUUUAUUUACAUCGAGUCUGGUGUGAUUGGUGCCAGCAAUUUUGCGAAUGUUUUUUUAUGUUUAAAUAAGGGAUCUUACUAUUUAACAAAGAGGUCUAUCUCUGUAGGGAUCCUUUCCAUAAUGUUGUCAGACAAUUAGAAUAAUAAUCUGAGUCUGUCAGCGGCAACAACAGAACUUUUAGUGGACGUAAAUUGAAGAUGUGCAACUACCCAUUGACUUACAUUGUAGCUUGUUUCGCUGACUGCCAUCUGCAGCUGUUUUUGCUUUAACACUGGACCAAUGUCAAAGAUUGUCGUUCCCAUCAUUCACUUAGACGCAAAACAAUGAGAAAAUAGAGUCCAGGUUGAAAAAUACCGAAGGUACGCUUAAAUUCUCCAGUCGACUCCAGAGACGAACAACCGGAGAGAGAAUGGCAGCGAGUUUCCUUAACGCAGGAUUGGCUGGGCUAAGACUGGGAGCGAUGGAUGGACGAGUGUGGAUACUAACGGGACUUAGCUUUAAGGCCGGGAAAUAACAACCAUAUUCUUCUUUAUAAACUUGUUCUGACAAUCAGGGCUUUUUUCCCCCAGAAGAUACGCGAUGGAACAGUCCAUCCACAUGGAUGUCUGGACGCGACAGGAACCUGUGCCGUUUUCAGAGUUUAAAAGACAAGAGUGCAUUUGAAUACAUCAAACCGGAGGAAAGAUUCAAGCCUUAUCACUUUUCAUGGUAUUUACUGAGAUAUAUUUAAUUUAACUUUUUUUUUUCCAGUGUAAAUCAAAACCAAUGAAUAACAAUUGAUUACAACUUUACUUAAGAAUCAGUUUUUAUUUUUUUCUUUCUAUAUUUUAUGACCUCUUGAAGAGACAAAUCCAUUGACUUUCUGUGAGCUUCAGGGAUGGGCUGUGUGUGUGUGUGUGUGUGUGUGUGUGUGUGUGUGUGUGUGUGUGUGUGUGUGUGUGUGUGUGUGUGUGUGUGUGUGUGUGUGUGUGUGUGUGUGUGUGUGUGUGUGUGUGUGUGACAUAUGGCUCGUCUUCAACACGCUGACCGUCGUCGAUGUCAUUCUCGCUUUUUCGUCUCGAUCAUGUUAUUUGCUUGCAUGUAAAGAAGUUGCACUACAUGUUUUUACACGUAAGAAAAUAGUCAUUUUUCCCGGGUUUGUUUUCCAUCAUUUUAUCCCUCUGAAAGAAGCAAACAUCUACGAACGAUACUAGAUAUACCAUUACUGAUGGGGACCAACACUGACGCCGAACGGUGAGUCGUUCAUAAUGAAGCUGUUGAAAUGCUCUGAAAUCAAACUGCUAGACUCGGACGAAGAGCAGGAGCUUUUCUUUUGGUUUCUUGUGUUUGUGCCAUUUCGUCUUUAAUGUGUCUGAUUCCCUGGAUAUAUGUGCCGUCUACUGUACUCCCUGUUUUCAUUUUGUAAAGUCCAACUGAAAUGACAAAUUCACACCUUUCUGCCGUCCGAUCAAAUUCAAAAUUAAAAGUGUGACCACCGUUUUUUAUUUUUAUUUAAAGAAUUGCUUCUUUAGCUUCCAAACUAUAUGAGAAAAUGUGUGUUAAAAUGUAUUAUUAGUUUAUUUAUUUUGACAAGAUAGGUUUUAUCUGAUCCAUGCCGGAUUUGGGUCCAAUAUUUUGUACCCGUGAAGACUCCACAGACAGGGACAGACGCUGUGGCUAGCUGUGCUACAAAUGGAUGCUAAUACUGCGUGCAGUCCGAACACUGCACCUUGCGGACCAUCGGGACUGCAGUGACCAUUUUGACCGGCAUGUGGUGAUGGUUGAAGCUUCAUGAACCAUUUUCUUUAUUCUGUGAACCCACUAGAUGGCGCUCCCUGUUCAACAAAGGGUUGAA